CCGAGGACAUGAAAGCGGCGAAAUGCUUGUUAAGUGUUGGUGCCGAACCGGUGGACACUCGGGACCAGUUGGGCAGAGAGCGGUAUAUGAUUUUUCCUCCUUAUGUCCACCUGAAGGGCCACUACGCUGACUGGUAUAAGAAGGGGGGCGCUCAUGGGGCAGUGGAGGUGUGUAGGAUGAAGUCCACAACAGCCGAUCUUAAAAUUUAUAAUUAUAUAUUUUAUUUAGAUUGGGCCCUGAAGAUAAGAUGGCAGACUAAGGGGGUGGUGCUUACAGCUACUGCCUCCUCCAUCCCCACCCCUUCGGAGCUAACCACAGAUGUAUUAUUGCAGAUUCAAAUUAUUCAACCACUACUAGACAUGCCAAUGAAAACAUAUUACUAGUACCUUCUGCACUAGGAGCACUUUACAGAGUGCUUACCCCUUGAAAAGUCAGAUUUUUCUCUUCCACAAGAAAUAAUGAGUUAGAAGAUUAUACAGGCCAAAAGUCUAAUUUUUGCUUAAAUUGUAAAACUUUGAAGUUGAAACACCAAAAUUGACACGUUUUCUAACUUUGUUGCCAAACCAUGAAGUCAUCAAUAUGAAAAUAAAUGAAAAUAUUACAUAGACCAUUGUUUAAACUCUUUUAUGGUAUUCCGAUAUUUUAACAGAUAAUUAGUAUGUAUAUGAGAUAUUCAGUCAAACAAAACUAUUGAUAUACUAAUGCGAUGUUUAACAAUCAUAUUUGUUAUCUGAUCUGCUGCUGGAGCCCAUUUCAACCCUUUCAUAUUCCAAGAAGCAUCUACAGACGAAGUAACAAAAAUAAUUAACAAAACUAAGAAGAGGUCAUGCAUACUUGAUCCAAUGUUGACAGCGUUCAUGGUUCAUCAACCUGAUAACGCAAAUCAUGGACACUAGUUUUGCUUAAGGUUCUUUCCCUGAUCAACUCAAGAAAGCUGUGGUUUAACCCCUACUAAAAAAAAAGCCAUCUCUAGACACUGAUACAUUUGGAAAUUACAGACAUGUGUUUAACCUCUCGUUUCUAUCAAAAACCGUUGAAAGGGUCAUUGUUGGAAGAUUGCUAUCACAUUUAGGCCAGACACAGUACUGAAUCAGCAUUGCUAAGAAUAAAAAGUGAUCUCCUGUGUGGACUCGAUGAACACUCAAUGAUUCUUUUAGUCUUAUUAGACCUAUCUGCAGUAUUUGAUACAGUCGAUCAUGAACUACUUUUAUCUUUUCUCGAAGAUUAUGUUGUUAUCAGGGACUCUGCACUUAGCCUUUUACGCUCCUAUCUUACAGGUCGUUCACAACAGGUUUUAAUUAAUGGAAUAUUGUCAAAUGUGUCAGAGUUAGCUUUUGGUGCACCUCAAUGUAGUGUUCUUGGACCUCUAACUUUUUGUAUGUAUACAUUGUAUACAUGACCCAUUGUGGCCAUAUUGAGACAUCACAGUAUUCGCUGUCAUAUUUUUUCUGAUGAUACGCAAAUUUUUUACAUGCUGUAAUGUAGAAAAUCCUAAUGAAUCAAUUGAAAAGCUGUCUAGGUGUAUUGAUGAUCUACGAAGGUGGUUGAUAAGAAAUAAGUUGAAAAUCAAUGAUGUAAAAUCUGAACUUUUAGUUGUAACCCAGCCACAUAAUCAAAAAAUAUCAGAAAAAAAUUCAAAAUUGGAUCCAGUAUCAUAAAGCCAACGCCCCAUGCUAAGAAUUUUGGUGUUUUUUUAGAUAGAACACUUUCUAUGAAUAAGCAAAUUGCUAGCAUAUGCAAGACAGCAGUAUUUAACAUGAGGAACAGUACGCAAUUCGUAAUCACCUAUCUGACUCUGCUGCAGCUACAGUUACAAAUUGUUUAGUAAUAUCUAGAUUGGAUUACUGUAAUUCUAUUUUAUGGUUGUCAAAAAAAAAA